GAUACCACGUCGGCGCAUAUUGUCAUGUCAUACGGGAUUGUAUAUACUCGACAGGGCGGUUGAGGAAUACUCAAAGAAGCGCCGGAAAAUGUCCUCGACAGCAGAGUUGCCAGAACGAGAGAGUACGGUCAGUUCUAUGUCGUGGAAUAUAUGUAUCAGUCAAAGGGGAGCCACCCUGUCCGUUGCGACAGAACUAUCCAACUAUUCAUGAUAUCUUCCACAAUAUCCUCGUCUUCAUACCACGGUGGGAACACCAUCGCUGCCGCUACUCAACCAUGAGAUCCUCACAAGGCUGUCGGCGAUCGUGGCUGUGCACCUUGUAAGGCUGACAGACAGGUGCCUGACAGCGGAUCCCGCCCUGGGACACACGACACACGACCAAGAUGGCAAGGGAUACCAAGCUUUACGCCUCAACCGCUCCAUGACGCCAAACUGACGAUCACGUUGAUCUCUCAUAUCUUCUCCAAAGACGCCAAGACCCUCAUGAUAUCUCCCCUCACCACCGCAGAAUUUAUCCCACGGCCGAUCCGUUCGCACUAUAGGCGUUUUGGCAGGUGGACCCCUAGUGGGAGACCCUGCCGCCGAGGUGACAGGGCAGGGGUUUAAUUUGCCCAGACGACGGCGAAAGUUAGCCCGCCUUACGAUUUCAAGAGACGGCUUGAUGAACUGGCGGUCCUCAGCCGUAGCUAGUUUUGAGCCGUAGCUAGUUUUGGGGAAGUGCAGGAGUUUGGGGAGAGUAUUUGCUUGUUUUCUAUCUUUCCUUCCCCGCGUUUCCUUGUCGUCUUCUCUUCUCUUUCGAUGCGUCGCCAUUGAAGUCCUUAUACCGCUCUCUCACCUAGCUCCAGCUCCGUCCAACACAGCAGUGACAAUGCACAUCUUCAUCCCCCUCCUCUUCCUCCUCCCCUCCCUCGCCUCAGCGGCCUUCCCAAAGCUCCAGCCAGGCUAUUCCUCCAAUGACGGUCUCCUCGCUGCCCGCGCCGGCUGCACAACCCACAGCACAUGCGACGAGUGUUACGGCGACGGCUACGUGAUCUGCGCCGAACACUACUGUUUCGCUCCCGGAAAGGGACAGCAGUGUUGCGUAGAUGGAUCGUAUUGUAUUGCUGCUUCGAACGAUUGUUGCAACUCGAUUGGCGGACCCGGCAAAACAGGGCACGCUGGCGUCCCCGCCCCCCUCCCGACCGACUUCGAGAUGCCCACUGCAACAGGCCACGGCCCUGGCGCGAUUGUGACGUGUUCCGCGAGCAAUGCGAUACAUAAUGAUGGGCUAGAGUGCUGUAAACUGUACAACACGACGUGGAGUUUCUGUCCAGAGUCGGUGGGGUGUUAUUUGCCAGGGGUGCAGACAUGUUGUACAGAUGGGUCGAUUUGCGAAGGGAAGGAAUGCUGUGGGCUUGUUGACGCAAAGGCAACGACGCCGUUUCCUAGUGGAGCGAAGCAAACGAGUUCCUCGAGCGAUGCUGGGACGUCGGGGAGCAUGACGACUGCUGGGCUUGGGGGGGUUACAACAGCAAAGGUGACGGAUGGGGGACCGGCAGGGACGGGAGUGAGUACUAGUACGCCUACAGGUGCGGCGGUGACGAAUGCGCUUAGUGGUGCUAUGGUUGUCGCGAUGGGUGUUCUAGGAGUUGCGAUGCUGUAAUAGUUCUCAUAUCAUAUAAAAGAAGCAACAUAGCAAAAGGAUUGGUAAGUAAGCGCCCGAGUAUAUAAAAUAAAUCCUAAUGCCAAUAUCCACCCCUGCCUACUCAACAGCAACAUUCUCCCACCCCCUCGUACAAAGCACAACCCUAUACCCAUCCGGAUCCUCCACCGUCACCCCCCAUCGUUCCCAAUACUCAUUCCUCGCCACCACCCUCUUUCCCCCCUUCUCUACCAUCCUACUCACCAACCCCUCAUCUACCGGCCCUUCAACAUACAAAACCAAUAAAUCCUCCUCCGUCGGCCUCGGCACCGGGAAUGAGAUCUCCGUCCCUCCCUUCCCGUCGGGUGCGUGGACUAGUUCAAGAUGCCACGCUCCACCGGGGUAGCCGAGCAUAAGCAGGUCUUCGGGGUGUUGGUCGGGGUGCGUCCCUUGGGGAGGAGAGCGGUAGAGAACGCUCAGCCCGAGGCCGUGGACGUAGAAGGUCUCGG